AGCCUGCCCACCUGUGAAGACAGAGACUCCCGCCUCCCUGGAUGAGAAGCAAGUGCGUCAGAGGGAAGCAGCCCAACUGGUUGCUGAGUUGUGGAAAAUAAUUAAGCUGGGGGAGAAAAAAACACUUCUUUUAAAAAUCAGGUUAGGGAUGAAUGUGUAGGGCGUGGUUCCUGUGUAAUUAUCUGCUCUGCUGGCUGCGGGGCUGCCUGCUUCUCCCGGCCCGCUGUGUCAGGAUUGUGCCUGUUGCUCCUCCCCUCCUCCCGCUCCUCCCCUCCUCCCACUCCUCCUCCUCCGUCUACUCCCCCUCCUCCUCCUCACAGGUGUGUCUCUAGGCCCUGUGGCUGCCUGCCCCACUCCCUGCCGAGACGCCAGCCAGAAAGGCCACCUAUCCUGAACUCCAGCAAGCCUGAAACAGAUCAGCCAAGCACCCUGAGAUGGAAGCUGCAGAUGCCUCCAGGAGCAACGGGUCGAGCCCAGAAGCCAGGGAUGCCCGGAGCCCGUCGGGCCCCAAUGGCAGCCUGGAGAAUGGCACCAAGGCUGACGGCAAGGAUGCCAAGACCACCAACGGGCACGGCGGGGAGGCAGCUGAGGGCAAGAGCCUGGGCAGUGCCCUGAAGCCAGGGGAAGGGAGGAGCGCCCUGUUCGCGGGCAAUGAGUGGCGGCGACCCAUCAUCCAGUUUGUCGAGUCCGGGGACGACAAGAACUCCAACUACUUCAGCAUGGACUCUAUGGAAGGCAAGAGGUCGCCGUACGCAGGGCUCCAGCUGGGGGCUGCCAAGAAGCCACCCGUUACCUUUGCCGAAAAGGGCGAGCUGCGCAAGUCCGUUUUCUCAGAGUCCCGGAAGCCCGCAGUGUCCAUCAUGGAGCCCGGGGAGACCCGGCGGAACAGCUACCCCCGGGCAGACACGGGCCUUUUUUCACGGUCCAAGUCCGGCUCCGAGGAGGUGCUGUGCGACUCCUGCAUCGGCAACAAGCAGAAGGCGGUCAAGUCCUGCCUGGUGUGCCAGGCCUCCUUCUGCGAGCUGCACCUCAAGCCCCACCUGGAGGGCGCCGCCUUCCGAGACCACCAGCUGCUCGAGCCCAUCCGGGACUUUGAGGCCCGCAAGUGUCCCGUGCAUGGCAAGACGAUGGAGCUCUUUUGCCAGACUGACCAGACCUGCAUCUGCUACCUUUGCAUGUUCCAAGAGCACAAGAAUCAUAGCACCGUGACGGUGGAGGAGGCCAAGGCCGAGAAGGAGACAGAGCUGUCACUGCAAAAGGAGCAGCUGCAGCUCAAGAUCAUUGAGAUUGAGGAUGAAGCUGAGAAGUGGCAGAAGGAGAAGGACCGCAUCAAGAGCUUCACCACCAAUGAGAAGGCCAUCCUGGAGCAGAACUUCCGGGACCUGGUGCGGGACCUGGAGAAGCAAAAGGAGGAAGUGAGGGCUGCGCUGGAGCAGCGGGAGCAGGAUGCUGUGGACCAAGUGAAGGUGAUCGUGGAUGCUCUGGAUGAGAGGGCCAAGGUGCUGAAUGAAGACAAGCAGACCCGGGAGCAGCUGCACAGCAUCAGCGACUCUGUGUUGUUUCUUCAGGAAUUUGGUGCAUUGAUGAGCAAUUACUCUCUCCCCCCACCCCUGCCCACCUAUCAUGUCCUGCUGGAGGGGGAGGGCCUGGGACAGUCGCUAGGCAACUUCAAGGACGACCUGCUCAAUGUAUGCAUGCGCCACGUUGAGAAGAUGUGCAAGGCGGACCUGAGCCGUAACUUCAUUGAGAGGAACCACAUGGAGAAUGGUGGUGACCAUCGCUACGUGAACAACUACACGAACAGCUUCGGGGGUGAGUGGAGUGCACCGGACACCAUGAAGAGAUACUCCAUGUACCUGACACCCAAAGGUGGGGCCCGGACAUCAUACCAGCCCUCAUCUCCUGGCCGCUUCACCAAGGAGACCACCCAGAAGAAUUUCAACAAUCUCUAUGGCACCAAAGGUAACUACACCUCCCGGGUCUGGGAGUACUCCUCCAGCAUUCAGAGCUCUGACAAUGACCUGCCUGUCGUCCAAGGCAGCUCCUCCUUCUCCCUGAAAGGCUAUCCUUCCCUCAUGCGGAGCCAAAGCCCCAAGGCCCAGCCCCAGACUUGGAAAUCUGGCAAGCAGACUAUGCUGUCUCACUACCGGCCAUUCUACGUCAACAAAGGCAACGGGAUUGGGUCCAACGAAGCCCCAUGAGCUCCUGGCGGAAGGAAUGAGGCGCCACACCCCUGCUCUUCCUUCUGACCCUGCUGCUCUUGCCUUCUAAGCUACUGUGCUUGUCUGGGUGGAAGGGAGCCUGGUCCUGCACCUGCCCUCUGCAGCCCUCUACCAGCCUCUCGGGGAGGUUCCGGCCUCUCCAACUUCCCCACUGGCCACACUCCAUUCAGACUCCUUUCCUGCCUCAUGACCUCAGGUGGUCAACAUCAUUCCUGUGCUCAGAGGCCAACGCAUCACGGGGUGAGAUAGGUGGGGCCUGCCCUAACCCACCACCCUCCUCCUCUCGGGCUGGAUCUGGGGGCUAGCAGUGAGUACCCGCACGGUGUCAGCCUGCCUCUCCCGCCCACGCCCUGCUGUCUCCAGGCCUAUAGACCUUUCUCUCCAAGGCCCCAUCCCCCAGUGUUGCCAGCAGGUACCUGGACAACACAGUCACACAUCUCCCUUUCAUAUGGCCCACCUCCUGCUUCCCAGAGGACUGGCCCUACGUGUUCUCUCUAGUCCUACCUAUCAGUGUCCAGCGUGGCAGAACCUGCAGCCCUGGACCACUGCAGACGGAAACCUCUCAGUGUCUUGACAUCGCCCUACCCAGGCAGUGGGUCUCCACCACAGCCACUUUGAGUCUGUGGUCCCUGGAGGGUGGCUUCUCCUGACUGGCAGGAUGACCUUAGCCAAGAUAUUCCUCUCUUCCCUCUUCUGGGAUAAAUAAUUCCCUUAACACGAUAUGAUCCACCCAUGAAAAUAGCUACUGGCCCAGCUACCAUUUCCCAGCUGCUGUACCAUUUGCCUGUAGAAUUUCAUUCAGUUUAUAAUUUGGCAUUCUCUCUGGCGAUGGAGAGUGUGGCUGGGCUGGCUGCAAGGGAUGCCUCACACACUGUCCCCACCCUUAGCCACUGCCCCGUCAGAGGCUGCCUCCUCCUUCUGAUUACCACCCAUGUUGCAUAUCAAGGUGCCCAGGGAUUGGAGACGAGACAAAACCAGGAGCAGCACAGUGGGGCCCUCUCCCGUCUCAACAGCCCCAGGCCUGUGGGGACUCUGGAAGGAUGGGUCAGCUUGCAGGGGUCGGGGAGGGAGACAUCCAGCUUGGGCUUUCCCCUUUGGAAUAAACCAUUGAUAUGUCA